AUGUCACCCUUCACUAGGCAUUUGACCUUCCAGUCCAACGACCUCGGCAAGGAGGUGACAAUCAUGUUCGCUUUGGUUGACGACAACAUGAAAAGCCUUUACAAGGACCGCUUCCCGGUAGUUUGGAAGGUCAGCAAGUUCGGGAAGUCGGGCGCAUACAGGGCUCAAGCUACCUACACGAACCAGCUUGCUUUCUCCAAAGCCCAGGUCACGCAUUGGAACUUCAUCAGCGCUGGAACCAGCGUCAAGGUCAACGUCGGCCAGAAAACAACCCUUACCGAGGCCGACGAUGUCUUUAGUUUCUCUUCCCCUCAGCAGGGAUCCUCCGGCUUUGUGCAGGCCUUGAACAACACUGGGGUCAUUCAAGAUAUCGCAGUUGGCUUUCUUAACAAAGGAGACUUGAUGCCCACGCCUGCACUCUACUUCGACGAUGUUGGAGAUGGCAGUCAUGUUACGGCACAGUUCACUCCGAUCCUGCGUGUCUAUAUCACGUCGGACUAUCAAGAGACCGCAAUUAUACGAAGUGCCAUCGAAACCCCUGUAAUUUGGUCGCAGGACCUCUCUGGGCUCGCCGAGCACACGAAUUGGAACCUCACGCGCGACGGGGUCACUGGACGUUACAAGAUUGUCCGAGCCUCUUGAUUAAGGAAUGCGACAUCGGCACGCCUAAAUAUCUGUUCUGUGAGCUCUACAUUUCAAUGUUCACUCUGCUUUCAUAGCUCCACCAAAG